AAUGUGUUCCUUUCUAAGUGCUUGUUCAAUUGGUGCAUCACCCUUUCUUUUUAAUAUGAUUUGGUUGUGUAUGAGCAAUUGUACUAAGGCUAUUAUUUUAAAAGACACCUUCAAACUUUACUUGUACCUUCAUGCAAAUCUUUACUGUAAUACCAAUUAAAUUAUUUUAUUUGAUAUUUUACAGCCCAUAUCAAAACCAGUUUGACAGGUUCAAUUUGUUUAAAAAGGAGGGGCAAGUAGAGAUAUCUUGUGUGUUUGCACAAUCAUUUGGUUGUUUUUUUCUCUCUCUAGCGAUGGCUUCUUCCAUCAGUUCCCAGGUUGAACAGUACCUGUGUUCAAUAUGUCAGGAUUUCUUCACUGACCCAGUAACCAUUCCGUGUGGACACAACUUCUGCAUAGAAUGCAUCACUCAACACUGGGACAGCAGUAUGGGCACGCAAUGUCCCCUUUGCAAGAAGAACUUUCACUUGAGACCAGAUCUUGGCAUCAACAGAGAAUUCAGAGAGCUCAUUGAAGGACUGAAGAGGGGAGAAAGUCCUGUCCAACCUGGUGCAGUACCAUGUGAUGCCUGUACAAAAAUAAAGAGAGGAGCUUUGAAGUCUUGCCUGCAUUGUGAAGGAUCUUUCUGUAAAACUCACCUAGAGCCUCAUAACACUGUAGCAAAACUGAAGAAACACAAACUUAUCAACCCUGUGGAGAAUCUGGAUGAUUAUAUAUGUCCGAAGCAUGAGAAGCCGCUGGAGCUGUUCUGCAGAGAUGAUCAGAAGUGUGUGUGCCUGUCGUGUAUGACCAAAGACCACAAAACCCACAACACUGUUCCUGUAGAGAAGGAGAGUGAAGAACGGAAGUCUCAGUUAGGGAGAAGACAAGCCGAGGUUAAUUUGAUGAUUCAGAGCAGAAUGAAGAAAACUGAAGAAAUCAAAUGCUCGGUACAGCUGAGCAAGCAAAGUUCAGAAAAAGAAAAAGCAGACAUUGUCAAGCUGUUCACUGAUCUGAUGGACUCCAUUGAGAGAUGUCAGUCUGAGCUGCUGGAGGUGAUCGAGCAGAAGCAGAAAGCAGCAGAGAAUCAGGCCAUGCAGCUGAUUAAAGAGCUGGAGCAGGAAAUCGCUGAACUCAAGAGGAGAAACAGUGAGCUGGAGCAGCUCUCACACACUGAGGAUCACCUGCACCUCCUACAGAUUUAUCCGUCCCUGUGCAGCCCUUUAGACACCAAGAUCUGGGCUGGGAUCCAUACUGACACUCAUCUGAAAGAGGACGCUGUGAGGAGAGCCCUGACAAAGCAUCAAGAUUUUCUCAGUAGUGCAAUGGUGAAGAUUACAGGAAAUGAGCUGAAGAGGAUUGAGAAUUUUACAGUGAAUGUGACUAUGGAUCCUGAAACAGCUCAUCCUAAACUCUUCUUGUCCGAGGAUGACAAACAAGCUGGAUAUGGAGAAACACGACAGAUUGUCCCAGACACUCCGUGGAGGUUUGAUACAUGUCCCAGCGUCCUGGGGAAGGAGGGAUUCUCCUCUGGGAAAUUUUAUUUCGAGGUGCAGGUGAAAGGGAAAACUGAGUGGGAUGUAGGUGUGGCGACGGAGACUGUUAACAGGAAGGGAAUAAUUACUCUGAGUCCAAGGAAUGGACUCUGGACUCUGUGGUUGAGGAAUGGAAGUGAGUUUAAGGCCUGUGACUGUCUGUCUGUCUCUCUCUGUCUAAAAGUCAAGCCCCAGAAGGUGGGUGUAUAUGUAGACUAUGAGGAAGGUCUGGUCUCAUUUUAUGAUGUGGAGUCCAGGUCUCAUAUCUACUCUUUCACUGGUCAGGCUUUCACCGAAAGACUCUAUCCAUAUUUCAGCCCAGGCUUUACUCAAGGAGAUAAAAAUUCAGCCCCACUGAUCAUUUCACCUGUCGGAAAGAAUAAGUGUAUUUUAGCCAACUAUAACCAUUUGUAAUUCAAAUAAAAUGAAUGAAUGAAGGAAGAAUGACUGACAGUGUAAUACAUUUUUUUGCUAGUAAGACUACUUUCUUUUCACAAUAAUGUUCCAAUUACAGUAACCUCAAAUAAAGAUGAUC